AUGUCUGAUGAUAUUUAUGACGAUGUGAUCAGAACUGAGUCUGAGAGAGUGGAGAUGACGGUGGCUAUCUAUGAGAGUGCAGACUGUGUGAGAGGUCAUAACUUCUUGCCAGAGACAAACACACACCAACCACUUCAGCAAACAGGAAGUGAUUGUGUGAAGAACAGAAACUCCAGAGCAGCUGCAGUGUGGCUGGUGCUGCUGUGUGUUCUUCUGCUGACUGCAAUCAUAGUGCUGUGUGUCCACAUCCAUACAAAGAACACAAACUACACAGAAGAGAAAGACCAGCUACUAACCAAGAUUAACAACCUCACAGAAGAGAGAGACCAGCUACUAACCAAGAACAUAAACUUGACAAAUGAAAGGGAUGGAUUAUUAAUCAAGAAUGACAACCUGACUAAACAAAGAGAGCAGUUUAAUCAGGAGAUAAAUGAACUGGUGAAGAGUCUUCAUGAAACAGAUGGAUGGUUAUAUUAUAAAUUUAGUUUGUACUUCAUUUCCUAUGAGAGGAAGAGCUGGACUGAGAGCAGAAGAUUCUGUACAGAGAAAGGAGCAGACCUGAUCAUCAUAAACAGCAGAGAGGAACAAAAUUUUGUCAAAAGUAUUGCUGAGAGCACAUUUGUCUGGAUUGGUCUGACUGACAGUGAUGUGGAGGGCAAAUGGAAAUGGGUUGAUGGCAGCAACAUGAUUUCUAGGUGA